CUUUUCCCCAUGGAGGCCAGAUGUGCAGUGGCUGCAAACAGCAGCCUCCUUGGUAGUGUAUGCAGCCUGUUGCUUGUAUGGGUUGCCCUAAGGGACCUUGGAGACAGCCUUUUCCAGUAGACAUUUCGUGUCAGAUGCCAUGCCCAGUGUAGGCUCCAAACCGGUAUGCGAGGUGCCUUUGUAAAGCCCCAGGGCACAGUGGCUAGGGUCCACAUUGGCCAAGUCAUCAUGUCCAUCUGCACCAAGCUGCAGAACAAGGAGCAUAUGAUUGAAGCCCUAUGCAGGGCCGGGUUCAAGUUCCCCGGCCGCCAGAAGAUCCACAUCUCCAACACGUGGGGCUUUACUAAGUUUAAUGCAGAUGGAUUUGAAGACAUGCUGGCUCACAAGCGGCUCAUCCCAGAUGGCUGUGGAGUUAAAUACAUCACUAAUCGUGGCCCCCUGGACAAAUGGCGAGCCCUGCACUCAUGAGAGCCUCGGCACUGCCCUCUUCUUACUCAUGCCCAUCAAUAAAUCCUACUUACUGUCAA